AUGGCACUGGCAAGCAAGUGGCAAGAACAGGGCAAGACGGAUUUGGCAGAAUUUGUGUCCAAUCGAGGUCCGAGAGUUGUAAACGAAGCUCUAGAGACAGCACACGAACUAACCAUGGCAGAAAAACGAUUGGAGAGAAUAAACAAAACUAGAAUACAAUUGCUUCAAGAGCAUUUGACACAACCGUGCCGAGACAAUUGCGAGGGAAUAUGGCUACGUUCGGCAGCCGAGAUAUUGGAGGGGAACGGCAUACCUGUUUCGAUAUUCGCUGGUGCUGUCUAUGAUGCCCUGCUGCGAGGAAGAGGCAAAUAUAGAAAUAUCUAUACUUAUGGCCCUGCUAACUGUGGCAAAACCUUUUUAAUUUCGCCUUUGAAAACCAUCUAUGAGUGCUUUGUUAAUCCUGCCUCAGGGAGUUUUGCGUGGGUUGGCGUAGACCAAGCGGAGGUGGUUUACUUAAUGAUCUGA